UUCAAACCCCUAGUGCAUAAUUUCCUCAUCACCACCAGUAACAGAAACAUUGCAAAUCCCAUCUACAUGCAUAGGAGCCAAAAUGAUCAAUAAAUUGAUCGUGGGCCCUUAAGAUAUAGAAGAAGAAUUCACCUGAGUGUUAUCAUUCCUAUGUCAGGAUCACUUAAUAUUACAUUUAAGAGUAUAGAUAAAAGUUAGGAAUGGACAAAAACAGAAAUUAUGAUGUGUUUUCAAAUGCAUUGUAAAGCAUUUAGGCAAAAUUCAUUAUCUUGUGUUUUCAGAUGCAUUGUAAAGCCAUUUAGAAAAAUAUACAUUUUUUGUGUAUUCAGGUGCAGUGUAAAGCCAUGUAGCAAAAAUACAUAUGUUGUGUUGCAGAUGCACUGUUUAGCCAUAUGUUUAAGGAGUACUUCUAAAUUGAGUCACAAAGUUGAUUUCUUCACCGAUCUGUUUCGAGAGUAAUAAGUGCAAAUGGUGGUCGUGUUCAUUGUUCACUGUCUGUUGAUGGGAAGUGAUGUCUUGGCAUUCUUACAGGACAGCUGUACCCCACCAGUGAGUAAAACUGUAUUAUUCUACUAAUCGUGUUUAAACAUGAACACUUAACACAACACACUUAACGCUAAACAUUCAACAACCCAUUCAAAUGAACAAGAAAAACUACGAUAUUACACAAAUCUCAAAUAUAAUAAUUUUUGAGUAGAUUUUUGUAAAGCUGUAAACACAGCUCUCUUCAACCCGGUGAAUUUACUCUAGUUAUAGAACUUAGCUUUUUUCAGAGCAUUAAUUUAGCGAACUGUAAUUCAAGUAAAACUUUUCUUUAGAAUGGUUUUCGGACCUUUGUUUUAAACAUAUCUUAAUCCAUAAGGUCAAAGAUUGAUUAAAUAUUGCUUAAAGGGGUCCAGGAAAAGACACACUAUUUAAAUACAGACACAUGAUGAACUUUUAAUGUAACAAAAUACACCCCUCUUAAUUAAUCUGAUGUUUUAUUUUUUAUUUAUUUUUUUUUUGGGGGGUGGGGUCGGGGUGGGUACUUGAAAUGUUGAAUCUCUCUCAGUUUUUUUGCCAGGACAUCCUGUCGCACAGGACACAACUAAAAACAGGAGACAUGUUAAAAAUGAGUUUGUAUUGUGUCUAGACAUGAAGAAGUAUGUUCUAUUCCAGUUUUAAGUUCGGCUUUGUUUCCUAUACAUUACUAUUUGGUGCUAGACUUAAUGUCUAGUUGUAUUUGUCAACAGUUGCACUAUUCAUUAUUGUAGGAGUGUGACGUAGAACCGGACAGUUGCACUUUCCAUUAUUGAAGGAGUGUGUGACUGGAUGGCCGAAGGGUCUAAACUGAGCAAACCUCAAGUUGGUGGUCUGGAGCUCAAUUCCAGCCAAAGGCCAGUCAAGCAAAAACAUCAUACCGGGUGGAUGAGACUAGUUAACCUUGGUCGGCAACUCAUCUAGGAGAAAGAAACUCUGAAUUCAAACCCUAAGUAGGAGUCCCGUAAGGCGCAUACAAUGACAAUUCCUGCAACAGUACCCAUCACUGGUCGUCUUGACGUAGAGUCAUGCCACUGCAUAUGCUGGGCCCGGACGAGAGAGUGAGGUUGACGCCACGCAACUCUUGUUCACUUUAAACAAAUGUCACCCGCGCAAGUCAUCAGUCACCGGACGACUCGAUGGUCAUUGUUGAUCAAUAUUGUAGGAGUGUGACGCAGAACCCAACAAUUGUUCUAUGUAUUAUUGUAGGAGUGUGACGUAGAACCCAACAGUUGCAAUUUUCAUUAUUGUAGGAGUGUGACGCAGAACCCAACAAUUGUUCUAUUCAUUAUUGUAGGAGUGUGACGCAGAACCCAACAAUUGUUCUAUUCACUAUUGUAGGAGUGCGACGUAGAACCCAAUGGAUACCUAUAUGCCGUACGCUGUGUUGGAGGAACAUUUUCUGCAUUCCCCAUCAUAAGAAACUGUGGAGUCAACAUCUCAGUGCUUAGUCUAGAGGUGAGAUCCUAGCAGUGUGUUUAAUAGAUCAGUGGUCAGUUUGGAUGUGCUACAGAGGCUGUCUAGAGGUGAGAUACUAGCAGUGUGUUUAAUAGAUCAGUGGUCAGUUUGGAUGUGGUACAGGGGCUGUCUAGAGGUGAGAUCCUAGCAGUGUGUUUAAUAGAUCAGUGGUCAGUUUGGAUGUGGUACAGGGGCUGUCUAGAGGUGAGAUACUAGCAGUGUGUUUAAUAGAUCAGUGGUCAGUUUGGAUGUGGUACAGGGGCUGUCUAGAGGUGAGAUCCUAGCAGUGUGUUUAAUAGAUCAGUGGUCAGUUUGGAUGUGGUACAGGGGCUGUGUUGAUAUAAAAAAAUAUUAAUGGUCGUUAGCUAAACCGCUAAGUUUCAAGGCUUCAAGGGAAUAGAAUCAAAGAAAUUUCUUACUUGAAGACGAUAUUCACUCAUUAGACAGGUACACUGUACAAAAUAGUCGCCGAAAAUUCUAAAAUGUUGGUAACUGUAUGAAAUGCAGUUUCUUUAUCAAGGGGCACAGGAAGAGUAUUGGUAUAUCCACUGGCACAGGAAGGGUAUUGUUAUAUCCAUUGGCUUAGUAAUGGUAGAUGCGGCUGUCAUUGAUUUUAUUAUCGCACUAAUUUAAUCAGGAAACUACUAGGCAAAUAAAAUACACAUACAAAGCCAUACAAUGCAUAUAAGACGUAACAGAAAUGCCGCCAAAUCUAACUGCCGCCUGCGACGGACCGAUUUUUCCAUCUCCUCUUCUUACGACCAUGCCUAUAAGCUAUAAGGUAGUAAAAUGAUAACAUUGCAGUUGGCCACGAAAUGAAAAUCCAACAUGUACGCUGAGUAACAUUUAAUGUAGAGACCGACCGAAUUUCGGCUUCGGUUUCGGUGCCGAAAGUGGCCAUUUAUCACUUUCGGCUAAGUUUCGUUUUCGGCCGAAACUGGAAAGUUCUGGAAUCAGCUCCCCUUCCAUAUACGUCAUAGUGAAACCUCGUCCAUUUUCAAAAAGUCCCUUAAAACUCAUCUGUUUAGGUCCGCCUAUGACCUGUGAUGCACCCUCCUUGCCCUACCUCAUUUUCUGUUUCGGGUUGAUCCUGAAGUGUCAAAGUGUCCUCGUUUUAUAGCCAUUUUAAUUGUUUCUAUAGAAUAGUAGUUACUAUCCUAGUGUCUCAUUUGUAUUUACUUAGUUUACAUGUUUUAAUAAUUGUAAAGCGCUUAGAGCUUUAUGAUAAGCGCUAUAUAAAAAUGCCUAAAUAAAUUCUAUAGAAUAGUAGUUACUAUCCUAGUGUCUCAUUUGUAUUUACUUAGUUUACAUGUUUUAAUAAUUGUAAAGCGCUUAGAGCUUUAUGAUAAGCGCUAUAUAAAAAUGCCUAAAUAAAUAAAUAAAUAAAUUUUCGGCUUAAUUUCGGUUUCGGCCGAAAGAGAAAAGUUAACUUUCGGUUUUUCUUCGGUUUCGGCCGAAAUUGACUUAGACUUUCGGCCUAAAGUGACUCAGGUUUUUGGUCAUUUAAUACUCAGCGAAAGCGAUAUUUAACAACUAACUUAGCGACAUUUAAGAACAAAUUAAGCGAUCUUUGAGAACAAACUAAACGAUAUUUAACAACAAAUUAAGCGACAUUUAAGAACAAACUAAACAAUCUUUAAAACUUACUAAACGAUCUUUAAGAACAAUCUAAGCGAUAUUCAAUAACAAACUAAACGAUCUUAUAGAACAAACUAAACGAUUUUUAAGACCGAACUAAAUGAUCUUUAAGAACAAAACAGAUGAUCUUUAAUAGUAAAUUAAUUAUUGAUAAGAAUAAACUAAGCGAUCUUCUUCUUCUUCUAUAUCUUAAGGGCCCACGAUCAAUUUAUUGAUCAUUUUGGCUCCUAUGCAUGUAGAUGGGAUUUGCAAUGUUUCUGUUACUGGUGGUGAUGAGGAAAUUAUGCACUAGGGGUUUGAAGGCUUGAGGCAAUAGACACAAAUGUGUCUAGUGUUGUCGCCUCAACUGUUCCUUUUGAAAGAUGGUUCCAGUCCCUGAUUGUCUUGGGCAGGAAUGAGCAGCUCCUAUACUGGCUUCUUGCUGGUAUGAGCCUGAAUUGCCUGUCAUGGCCUCGUCGCUGUCUAUGGGGGAGAGGGACGAGUUUCUGUUUAAUACUGGAACAGUGGACCAGCCCAUUAUUUAUCUUGUACAUCAUGGAGAGCCUGGAUUGUCGUCGUCGUUUCUCCAAUGGUGACCAGCCUAGUGUUUCUAGCAUGCUGCCAACACUAGAGGUAUUCCUGUAGCGGUUUAGGACAAAGCGUGCUGCUCGUCGCUGGACCGCCUCCAACCUGUCAAUGCUCUUCUGGGUAAAUGGGUCCCAGACUGAAGAUGCAUAAUCUAAAAUCGGACGGAUAAAGGCUUUAUAUGCUCUUUCUUUCACACAGGAGUUGCCAAUCUUUAGAUUUCGCCUUAAGAACCCCAAGGCUUGGUUUGCUUGGUUACAUACAUUGUUAAUAUGCUCGUCCCAGCGGACCUCUCUUUGAAUGGUAACACCCAGGUACUUUACGGAGGAAACUUGCUCAAGAAUAUGGCCGUGCAGUUUGUAUUGGUAGUGUAGAGGAGUACAACUUCUAGAGAUUGAUAGUGUCUGGCACUUGGCAGGGUGAAAUUCCAUGUCCCAGCUCAUCUCCCACUCAGCUAACAGAUUGAGAUCCUGUUGUAGCUGGUCCUGGUCAGAUCUGUUGGCGAUCGUCCUAUACACUGCUGUGUCAUCUGCAAACAGUCUUGCCUGUGAUGUCAGUUUCUCCGGUAGGUCAUUAAUGUAUGCUAGGAACAAACAGGGGCCCAGGACUGAUCCCUGGGGGACCCCUGACUUCACAUUGACAAAGGAGGAGCUUGUACCGCCCACCACUACUGCUUGGCGUCGGUGGCUGAGGAAGCUAGAGAUCCAUGUUUUAGUGGUGCCUUGAAUCCCAUAUAUCUGGAGUUUGUGUAGAAGCAAACUAUGAUUCACCCGGUCAAAUGCUUUUGCGAAGUCCAUUACUAGCACGUCAGUCUGCUUGUGGUUCUCCAGAUUGGUCAUCAAGUCUUCUACAAAUUCGAGAAGCUGGGUCUCACAUGACCUAUUGACUCGGAAGCCAUGUUGACAGUCAUUGAGUAUAUUUUGGCUUUCAAGAUGCUUCAUGACAGAGCUUACGAUUAUGUGCUUAAGAACAAACUAAAAGAUCUUUAAGAACAAACUAAUCGAUCUUAAGGAACAAAAUUAAUUGUCUUUAAGAACAAACUAAGCGAUCUUCAUGAAAAAAAACUAAGCAAUCUUUACAAGAAACUAAGCGAUCUUUCACAACAAACGAAGCGAUCUUUAAGAACAUACUAAACUAUCUUUAACAACAAACUAACAGAUUUUUAACAAUAAACUAAACGAUCUUGAACAACAAACUAAACGAUCUUUAACAACAAACUAAACGAUUUUUAAAAACAAAGUAAACGAUCUUUAACAACAAACAAAACGAUCUUUAACAACAAACUAACCGAUCAAUAGCAACCAACUAAACGAUCUUUAACAACAAACUAACCGAUCAAUAACAACCAACUAAACGAUCUUUAACAACAAACUAACCGAUCAAUAACAACCAACUAAACGAUCUUUAACAACAAACUAACCGAUCAAUAGCAACCAACUAAACGAUCUUUAACAACAAACUAACCGAUCAAUAACAACCAACUAAACGAUCUUUAACAACAAACUAACCGAUCAAUAACAACCAACUAAACGAUCUUUAACAACAAACUAACCGAUCAAUAGCAACCAACUAAACGAUCUUUAACAACAAACUAACCGAUCAAUAACAACCAACUAAACGAUCUUUAACAACAAACUAACCGAUCAAUAACAACCAACUAAACGAUCUUUAACAACAAACUAACCGAUCAAUAGCAACCAACUAAACGAUCUUUAACAACAAACUAACCGAUCAAUAGCAACCAACUAAACGAUCUUUAACAACAAACUAACCGAUCAAUAACAACCAACUAAACGAUCUUUAACAACAAACUAACCGAUCNAUUCACGAUUGUCUCAUUUUUAAAAAAAAAAGAAUGUAAAUAUCUAUACUUUCCGCAAUCAUUUUCGAUGUAUGCAGAAUGUAUGCGAGAACGAAUUUCAAAAUAUCUUAAUAUUUUAUUUUCGGUUUCGGCCGAAAUUCAUUUUUAACUUUCGGCUUUUUUUCGGUUUCAGCCGAAAUUCAUUUUUAAACUUUCGGCAUUUUUACGGUUUCGGCCGAAAUCCGAAAAUCACUUUCGGUCGGUCUCUAAUUUCAAAUAAGAACUCUUUUUUGUUUUAUAUUUAAUUUAUUUUGUUAAAAAUAACCUAUACAUUUUAAAUGUAGUUAUGUCUCUUUGCUAAGUCGAGCACAAGUUUUCAUUUCAGUAGUUUAGACGGCAGAUCGUUAUGCUAAGGGUAUUUAAAAAAAAAAUAUUUUGCUUUAACUUCCCACCCCCCCCCCCUCCCCCCCCCCCCCAAUUUUUGCCAGAUUUUAUUUCCUACCAUACUAAUUUUAAAAAAAAAAUUGUAAAGCAAUUUAAAUUACUUUAUAUUAAAAUGGUAAAAUCCUAAGGAUUCAUUAGAUCAAGGGUCUCAAACUCAAAUCAUGGGGAGGGGGGGGGGGGCGGGGGCGGGGGCGGGGCACAGGAGGAAGUGUCUGAAUGGGAGGGGGCGGCAUCAAGUAAUCCAGAAAAAAAAAAGAUUACAACUGUUACAAUCUGCUCAACCUUUAUAAAUAACAAUAAAAUCAUUAAGGGUUCUGAAGAACUACUCACUGUUGCCAGAGACCUGGCAUUCAAAAAUAUAUAGAAACAUAAAAAAAAAAAUCAGAAUUAGACUAGUCGGUGAGAUUCGACUGAAACCGUCGCGGAGAGUCCCGUUAUAUAUAUGAGAAUGGGGGAAACGGGCCAGCGCAUUUACACUAAACUUUUCUGUCAUGUAGCGGGCCGCAAAAUAUCGUCUUGCGGGUCACAAAAUGGCUCGCGGGCUGCGAGUUUAGGACCCCUAUAUUAGAUGUUUAUUUAUUAAUAUUCACGAUUAUCUCAUUUUUUUAUAAAUAGAAUGUAAAUAUUUAUACUUUCCCACAUCAUUUUCGAUGUAUGCAGAAUGUAUGCGGGAACGAAUUUCAAAAUAUCUUAAUAAUUCAUUUUCGGUUUCGGUUUCGGCUUCGGUUUCGGCCAAAAUUCAUUUUAAACUUUCGGCCUUUUUUCGGUUUCGGCCGAAAGUCAUUUUUAAACUUUCGGACGUUUUUCGGUUUCGGCCGAAAGUCCAGUUAAACUUUCGGCCUAUUUUCGGCUUCGGCCGAAAUCAGAAAAUCACUUUCGGUCGGCCUCUAAUUUAAUGUUUUAUAGACUAACAUGUUUCAAAUUGUUUAAUCCACAGAAUACACUCAUCUCUGUAUUACCAGAAGCAAGCAUCCCAGCUGGUCUCAGUACUAUCACUUUCAUCCAUAACCCACUAAAAAACAUCCACGUUGGUGCUUUCGAUUACUGUGCUAGAACCCUUGAAGAGUUGACUUUCAAUGCGUCACUUGACGGGGAAAUCCCGAACGCUUUGAACAAAUUUGUAUAUCUCCGAUUGCUUGAUUUAAGUAACGAAAAAAUAACCAAUUGGAACCUACCAGUGCUCCAGAAAAUAGGUUCCACGGUUAAGGAGGUUAGGCUAACAAACCUAGGUUUGUCAUCGUGGCCCACAUGGCUCAAUUACUUUACGGCUAUUACAUCAUUGACAGUGGAUGGUAAUAAUGUGACGGUUAUCCCCGAUGAAUGGCUAAACACGGUUGGUGCGCAACUAAUAGAAUUGAAUCUGAGAUCCUCUCUACUCAGCAGAUUACCCGAGGCCAUGUCCAAUCUGACGGCACUAACGUUCCUCGAUCUCUCUUACAAUCUGAUAACCCAUGUCGCCAACAUACCUCCCCACAUAACGAAUCUGCACUUGGAAGGGAACAAAAUCGUGGAGAUCGGUGAUGCGUCGUUCAUGCAGAUGCCUUACCUACGAUACCUAGUCCUGGACGGCAACCCCAUGACGACCGUUGGUGCCCAGGCCUUCAACAACACACCGGCCGUGGACACUCUCAGCAUGACGGGGACGAAUUUAACGAGGGUACCAAUGGCGCUGUCUGACCUGACCGAUCUGUCAAUCCUGGAUAUGUCCAACAGCGUAAACCUUGUCUGCACGUGUGCCGAGUCUGGUCUGCAGACGUGGUUCGAGGGUCAGAGGUCAUACUACAUAACUGGUCAAUGUGGCAGCAUUGACAUUUAUACAUUUUUCACUACUCUUGCCAAAGAUUGCCCAACAUCUGUUUUCUAACCAAUGAGUUAUAUUUUCUAUAGUAAACAUUGUUAUUUCUUAUAGUUAUAUUCUCUUAAGUAACUAUUGUUAAUUCUUGUAGUUAUAUAUUCUUAAGUAACUAAUGUUAAUUCUUGUAGUUAUUUUUUCUAUAGUACCUAUUGUUAUUUCUUGCAGUUAUAUUCUCUAUUAUAAAUAUUGUUGAUUUUUUUAGUUAUAUUCUCUAUUGUAACUAUUGUUAAUUCUUGUAGUUUUAACAUAUUUAAUGUUGAUGGAAAGAACCACAACUUAUAAAACGGAAUGAUUAAAUUUUCAUUGAGAUUUUGUU